AUGUCGAUAUUUAGCGUACAAGCGAGGAAGCAUACGGCGUUUUAUGACCAUUUAAUGUCAGCAUCAGUGUCCAGAACACCUGGGAGAGAGCGACCAGCGGAUAUAAAGGCAGCGGAUCCGCCUUCUCUGGGAACAAGAGAGACAUCAAGCUCAGAAUCUGCGAGCGAAGUCAGCAGGUCGUCUGAGAAAAGUCAUGUAAACAGGACUUAUGUCGUCUCUGCCAUGUCAAAAGGCGGCAGCGGGCAGCAGACACCUUACAGAGGCCGACUGACGUUACAGAGGAGGUCCAGGAGGAAGACUGGGACUGAAAGAAUGAGAGAGGAAACUGGGACUGAGAGCAGCCAUAACACAACUCCAGCCCCGGAGAAGAGGCUGACUCUGCAGCGCAGGACCAGGACCCCCUCCAUGAUGGAUAAAACUAAAAGCUCGCGUGGGUUCAGCAGUACUGGCCAACAACCCACCUCCAAAGUCCUGAGUGAACCAAACGGCAGGACUCCUGGCUUACUUAGAUCUGCGAGUUUAAGAGAAACUGCCCCCAAGUUCUCAGAAGCUGCAGCUCAGACGCAGCAGAUGGAGUCUGCGCGCAAAGAGGCGCCCUCCUCCGCAGCCAGGACUCUUCUUCCCGAGGAUCGAGCCCACACCUUUAAAACCCCCACCAAAAAGACACCGUUUGAAAAAAUCGCCGCCAAGCGAGAUGUUUUUGAGAAAUUGGCAAAUAAAGAAGCUCCCAAACCGGUGGCGCACAAGUCAGCAAGUCUGGAAAAGCCCCAAACCCGAGCGCACCAGGCUGGAGACGCCAAGGCUCAACCUGUGGCUGCGCCUCGAGUCAGCAAGGCCUUACCAGGUGUACACAGGCCCAACACUGCCAUGCAGGAGAGGAAGAUGACAACCUCCAGUGCAAAGCCUGAAGUAACCAGUGAACCCACCCUGAUCCAAACCAGUGAGAAUCUGAGGCAGCAGGAUUCACUGAAGAUGGAGAACAGUGCUGUGACCGUGGCUGUCCGUGUCCGCCCCUUCAGUGCCAGAGAGAAAACGGAGAAGGCCUUGCGGGUCAUAUUCAUGAACGGUCAGGAGACUGUCGUCCAGAAUCCAGAGUCCAAACAGAGCUACUCCUUUACGUACGACUACUCUUUCUGCUCGGUGGAUGACCGUGACCCCACCUUCGCCAGCCAGAAGUCGGUGUACGAGACUCUGGCCAAACCUCUGCUGCUGAGGGCCUUUGAGGGAUUUAACACCUGCUUGUUUGCUUAUGGCCAAACAGGUUCUGGGAAAUCCUACACGAUGAUGGGCUUUGAGGAAGAGGCGGGGGUCAUCCCUCGUUUCUGCCAGGAGCUGUUUUUGAAACUGGCCUCUAUGGAAAAUGAAGAAGUCAAGUGUCACGUAGAGAUGAGCUACUUUGAAGUGUACAACGAGAAGAUCCACGACCUGCUGGUGACCAGAGAGGAGCCAAACCAGAGGAGGAUGCCGCUGAGAGUCAGGGAGCAUCCAGUUCACGGUCCAUACGUUGCUGACCUUUCUGCAAAUGUGGUGAGCUGUUACGAUGACAUUAAGGGCUGGCUGGAGCUUGGUAACAAGCAGAGAGCUACAGCAGCAACUGGGAUGAAUGACAAGAGCUCCAGGUCUCACUCAGUCUUCACCCUGGUUAUGACCCAGAUGAAGACGGAGUUUGUGGAGGGAGAGGAGCAUGACCACAGCAUCACCAGCAGGAUAAACCUGGUUGAUCUGGCCGGCAGCGAGCGCUGCAACUCAGCUCAGACAAGUGGAGACAGACUCCGGGAGGGUGCUAGCAUCAAUAAGUCGCUGCUAACUCUUGGAAAGGUCAUCUCCGCCUUAUCUGAACAAGUACUGACCAGGAAGAAGGUCUUCAUACCGUACAGAGAGUCUGUUCUCACAUGGUUGUUGAAAGAAAGCCUUGGUGGUAACUCCAAGACGGCCAUGAUUGCGACGGUGAGCCCGGCGGGCAGCAACAUGGAGGAGAGUCUGAGCACGCUGCGUUACGCUCAGCAGGCCCGCACGAUCAUUAACGUGGCCAAAGUCAACGAAGACACUAAUGCCAAGCUCAUCAGAGAGCUGAAGGCAGAGGUGGAGAAACUGCGAGCGGCCCAGAUGAGCUCCCUGGGCGUUGAGCCGGAGAGAGUCCGACUGUUCCAGCAGGAGAUCACCGCCCUGAAAAAUAAACUCUCUCAGCAAGAGAGAGAAAUGGCUGAGGCCAACCGGGCCUGGAGAGAAAAACUCGAGCAAGCAGAAAUCCGUAAACGUGAAGAAACCAAAGAACUGCAGAAAGUGGGCGUGACGUUCAAAGUGGACAACCGUCUUCCCAACUUGGUGAACCUGAACGAGGACCCUCAGCUGUCCGAGAUGCUUCUCUACAUGAUCAAGGAGGGCAGAACCACAGUAGGCAAGCUCAAACCAGGCUCCACUUACGACAUCCAGCUCACUGGAGCCCUCAUUGCUGACCAGCACUGUGUCAUAUCCAACAUCCACAAUACUGUCAGCAUCACUCCAAUGGACAAUGCCAAGACAUUUGUAAAUGGGAACCUCAUCUCUGAGUCUACUGUCCUACAUCAUGGUGACAGGGUUAUCCUUGGUGGGGACCACUACUUCCGCUUUAAUCACCCAGCAGAGGUGCAGUCUGGAAAGCGUGUGUCAUGCUGGACAAGUGCGGGCGAUGGCCAGAAAGACUUUGAGUUUGCCAAAAAUGAGCUACUGGCAGCUCAGAGAGCAAAACUCGAGGCUGAAAUUGAAGAAGCCCAGUUAAAGGCAAAAGAGGAGAUGAUGCAGGGAAUUCAGAUGGCAAAAGAAGUGGCUCAGAAAGAGCUUUCUGACCAGAAAUUUCUUUAUGAAAAUAGGAUUCGAGCCCUGGAAAAAGAACUGACUGAGGAAAAUGAGCGGAAGCAUCAGCAGGAGUUGGACCAGCAGAGGGUGACCAACCAGAUGAAGGAGCUCAAACUGGCCAAGCUGGAACUGCAGAAGGAGGUGGACACCCAUAAGACACGCCUCCGUCUACACAUGGAAACCCAGGCUAUGGAGGAACGUAGGGUAUGCCAAGCAAAGAUUGUUGAGGCCCUCGAGGCAGAAAAGAGGAAGAUUAGUGAGGAGCUGGAGGAGAUGCAGAAGAAAAGAGCUCUAAGGGCGAACAAAGCUCCUCAAAAUGCCUGUCCACAGUGGGAUGCCAUGAAGCUGUCUGUGAUGAUUGAAGAGGCCAAUAAAAUCAGUGUUAAACUAAAGAAACACACGAUCUUCAGCAGGCAUGAAAUCUCAGUCAGUGAAAACCCUGAUUGUGGGGGUCAACAAGUACGAGUUCAAAACACAAAGCUGGGGAUAACAACUUUCUGGAGCCUGGACAAGUUCCAGAACAACAUGGUGGCCAUGAGGGAGCUUGAACAGGGGGAUUCCACCUCUAAAGAUGACGAUGUGUUUUAUGACCCUGACGAUGAAUGGGAGCAAGAUAUAUCGGCCUCCUCUGCUUCCACCUCCUUUUCUCGCCGAAGGAGUAGGAGCCUUCUGAAGAGUAAGAGGAUCUCUGGUCGUCUCUAUGAGAUCCGCGUCCAUCCUAUUCAGAGCCUUAGCAGCUCGUCACAGUCUGCUGGGUUGAUGGGUGUGGUCAAUGCUCCCACCACCCAUUACAGCACCACACACCCUGCCAUACCUGGCAUCUGCAAGGAGCUGGUUGGUCAGUCAGUGGGUCGUUUGCGUGGCUGCAAUGGGACUGAAGAGAGCCUGGCAGAUAAACUGGUCUCUGAUCUGAAUCUGGUUUAUAAGGCGGUCCAAACCAUCUCCAACCUGUACGACGGCCUGGAUGAUGACGGUCAGGACAAUGUGUUUGUGUGCAACUCUGUAGCCCAGACUGAGCUGAUCAAGGCCACCGCAGCCAUAGAGAGUGCAGUGUUUGUUACCACGCACUGGUUGGCCAAUGUCAAACCCUCUUCUGGUUUACUCUACACCACAGCUGAAGAGCUUAAGAGCCAGGUUAAGAAGAUGGGAGGAUUCUUCCAGAUACUUAUUCAGGGUUGUGAGUCGGAGAUCACAUCAAUGGUGGUAGAAGCACGAAGGAAGAGCAGUCAGUGCCUGGAUGCUGCAUUGUUUUCUCUCAGUCACCUGGCAGUGAUGACAGGCAUGAAGUUGAACGUCGUGGGGCUUAGCUCUCAGCCCACAGGCAAGCCAUCAGUGACGAGUUGUCUGCUGAAGGGAACCAGUAAAGGUGUCGGCUCUCUCUUAGAGGAAACCCUCACCAUCGCUAAGGGAAUGCUGAGAGAGGCUCAGCUGGCCUAUCCCAGAAACCCCGUCCUGCAGAAUCUAAAAGCCAAAGUUCUCGAUCUGGCUCGUGCCCUGCAGAGCUACAUUCACUGCCACAUUUCUGAGAGGGAAUCUGACCUAGAGGAGGCGAAGGAAGAGGAAGAAGCCUCCAUUGCUUGUCUAGAGAGACUGAGGACUACGUCAGCCAAACUGUUCCAACUGACCCAGGCAGUUCGACGGCUGCAUUCCUCUUUAACUAAAGCCUUGCGAGAUAAUAACUCUGACCUCAGCAGCUGCAGAGAGCUGAUCUCCUCCUCUGCCACUACUGUUGACGACUUAAUCACUGGUCUGUCCAAGGAGGGUGCAGAGAGUGUGUCCCUGCAGCUCCCCUGCCUUCAGACUGUGAUAUCUGCACGAGACGAGCUCCACUCUGCACUCCAGUCCUUGUCCUCAUCCUCCUGCUGGAGCCAACAGGAAGUGGACAGAACCAGCAGUUCAUCCAGUUCUGAGAAGAGAACAGAAAAUUAUUUGUUUACCAAAGAGAGAGCUAAAGCACACAGCGCUGUUAGAAAUCGAGUUGUAAGUAAGAUGGUUUACUCCAUUGCCCCUGGUGUGGCCAGCAGUGAUAGCCCACACUGGGUGUAA